AUAUGGUGUCCCCCAUUUAGGCAGGGGCAGUAGUUUCUACCCGGAUGGCCGGGGGCAGUGCUGAGCCGGUGCUAUUGUAUAUCUAGCCCAGGCUGCAGAGAGCUGCAGUUUAAGUUCCUUCUGGUCACGGCUCCAGGAACCCACCCUCCUCUGAGGGUCAACAGUCGCCGCUUCCAAGUAGUCCCUGCAAGUUCUUCCUCUGCCCCUGGUUUGUUCCCCGCGCCACCUCCGGACCCCCCCAGGUCCCUGACACUCCCAGACCCAAACUAUGAGCCUUCGGCAGCGGCUUUUGCGCUUGUCCCGUUAUCUCGGGGCCUCGGGUCACCCGCGUCGCCUGUGGUGGCCCCCGUCUCUCGACACAGUCUCUUCGGUGGGCUCCUGGCGUGGUCAGUUCUCCAGGUCCCCAGCCCACUGGAACCAAGUGGUGUCAGAAGCAGAGAAGAUCGUGGGCUAUCCCACGUCCUUCAUGAGCCUCCGCUGCCUGCUGAGCGACGAGCUCAGCAACAUCGCUAUGGAGGUGCGAAAGCUGGUGGGAACUCAGCACCCUCUGCUUACCACAGCCAGGGGGCUUGUGCACGACAGCCGGCAUAACCUCCAGUUGAGAGGCUUGGUGGUGCUACUUAUUUCUAAAGCAGCUGGGCCCAGCAGCGUGAAUGCUUCAUGUCAAAACUAUGACAUGGUCAGUGGGAUCUAUUCAUGUCAAAGAAGUUUGGCAGAGAUCACAGAACUUAUCCAUACUGCUCUCCUUGUGCAUCGUGGGAUAGUAAAUUUAAAUGAAUUGCAGUCUUCUGAUGGGCCACUGAAAGACAUGCAAUUUGGAAAUAAAAUAGCUAUCCUGAGUGGAGACUUUCUUCUAGCAAAUGCCUGCAAUGGACUAGCUCUACUACAGAACACCAAGGUUGUGGAACUUCUAGCAAGUGCCCUUAUGGACUUGGUACAAGGAGUAUACCAUGAAAAUUCUACUUCAGCAAAGGAAAAUUAUAUCACAGAUGAUAUUGGAAUAUCGACUUGGAAGGAGCAGACUUUUCUCUCUCAUGGUGCCUUAUUAGCAAAGAGCUGCCAAGCUGCAAUGGAAUUAGCAAACCAUGAUGCUGAGGUUCAGGAUAUGGCAUUUCAGUAUGGGAAGCACAUGGCCAUGAGUCAUAAGAUAAAUUCUGAUAUCCAGCCUUUUAUUAAAGAAAAGACCAGUGACUCCACGACUUUUAAUCUAAACUCAGCUCCUGUAGUCUUACAUCGGGAGUUUCUUGGAAGAGAUUUGUGGAUUAAGCAGAUUGGAGAGGCUCAAGAGAAAGGAAGAUUAGACUAUGCUAAGUUGCGAGAAACAAUCAAAGCUGGCAAAGGUGUGACUUCAGCUAUUGACCUGUGUCGUUACCAUGGAAACAAGGCACUGGAGGCCCUGGAGAGCUUUCCUCCCUCGGAGGCCAGAUCUGCUUUAGAAAACAUUGUGUUUGCUGUGACCGGAUUUUCGUGACACCAAAUUAAAAAGACAUUAUUGUUCGUCAGCUGAAAAAACUGGGGAAUGAGGUGAUGGGGAGAGCUUUCAUGAUGAAAUAUGUAAAUGUGUUAAUGACUUUAAAAACAUACACUUUUUUUUCUUACCUUUAUUACAUUGCUAAAUGAAGACUGCCUUCUUUUGGGAACUGCUACAAACAAAAUUAGAAGAAAAAAAGGUCAAGCAGUUUUCACUUGUCACGCCAGAAGCACACUUGAGGCUGCAGUAGCAGAAAUAAUUAAUGAGAUUCGCUCCUGUGACCUCAGCAAAUGGACAGGAAAUAAGUCCUUAUUGAUUGGACCGAGCAGGGAUGGCGCCAGGGCGGUGGCCUGUGGUUUUCCUUCUAGAGAGGACAGAGCAAGCUGGAAGCUGCAGGUGUCUAGAGAAACACUGUCAAUGCCAGUAAGGGAGGACUGUCAACGCAAAAACUAGUGACCAAUUUGUCAUAACAGAGAGUAGUUCAGUGAUUAAGGAAAAAAUAUGCUUUGUCUUUUCGCAAUUGUGUCUCUGUAUUUGUAGAUACAGUAUAAAUAUACUUUGUGCUCUAUGGGUUUUGUAAGAAUUUUUUGGGAAAAUUGCUGAAAAAAUAAUGCCAAAUAUUUGAAGUAGGAGAUUAAAAUGUUAUCAAAUGUUAACUUGGUUGUAGUAGGAAUUGCCUGUUUUUCUUUCUUGAAGACCAAAUUUUUUUCAAACAUAUUUCAAAGAACCAAACCUUUUUUUUUUUAAGCUGAACAAGAUGCUUAUUUCAAGUAAAAUGUAUUCAUUUGUAAUAAUUUGGUGUAGAGAAUACCUUUCAUUUUUACAAGUUUCAGAUGUAUAAUUGUACUGGGGAAUUCAUUGGUGAUUUUUUUUUUAACCUCAGAAUGUCAGAUUUUGGUCUUGAACCACAGACAUCCAAUUACAGAAAAAAUAUAAGCAAUCUCACAGGCUUGCAAUUGGACACUGUCUCCAUGUGGUUCAUAGGAGAUGAUUUCUGCGGUUUGCAUGCAUGUAAUAUGAGAACACCGUUGACAAGAAGGCUGAGUUUACAUAAAUGAUCUAGAUUGAGACUCAGCUACCUUUCUUCCUUAUGUGGUGUAAUUACAGCCCUAUCUGGAGAUAGCGAGCACAGCAAACAGAUUUUAUUACCUCGUUCACUCAAACACCAAGUGAAGUUAUUUUAGUUAAAUUCCUCCCCUCAAAAGUUACAAACCAUUUUAUCAGGACUCAGCAUGUGGCAUGCAAUGAAGAG